UGCUGCCUUCCCGCCUUCACGUGCUCCCAGAGCCAUGGCGGCCUCCGUGAGGGUCGGGAGCGCGGCCCCGGUGCCCGCCACAGCCCGAGGCCCUGCGCGGCGAGCGGCACAGCAGAUCCCCGAGGAGAUCCUGGGGAAUGUGGAGCUGCGGGAGGCAGCGGAGGCCCUGCCCCGAAACUACAACUUCGAGAUCCCCAAGACCAUCUGGCGGAUCUGGCAGGCUCGGGCCAAGAAGGUGGCCCUGCAGAUGCCAGAAGGGCUCCUCAUGUUUGCCUGCACCAUCGCAGACAUCGUGGAGAGGUUCACGGACGCGGAGGUGGUGGUGAUGGGCGACGUGACCUACGGGGCGUGCUGCGUGGAUGACUACACGGCCCGGGCCCUGGGCGCUGACUUCUUGGUGCACUACGGACACAGCUGCCUGAUUCCCAUCGAUGCCACACAGGGGCUGAAGAUGCUCUACGUGUUCGUGGACAUCAAGAUCGACACGUCCCAUUUCCUCGAGACCAUUCGCUUCAACUUCGCAGCGGGCACCUCCCUGGCCCUCGUCAGCACCAUCCAGUUCGUCUCCACAGUGCAGGCAGCAUCCCAGGAGCUGCGCUCCCAGUACAAGGUGUGUGUCCCCCAGUGCAAGCCGCUGUCCCCAGGGGAGAUCCUGGGCUGCACGUCACCCAAGCUCUCCCAGGACACAGAUGCCAUCGUGUAUUUGGGUGAUGGGCGCUUCCACCUGGAGUCCAUCAUGAUCGCCAACCCUGGGAUCCCUGCCUACAGGUAUGAUCCCUACAGCAAGGUGUUCUCCCAGGAGCACUACAGCCACGACCGCAUGCACCGCGCUCGGCAGGACGCCAUCCGCGCCGCCGCCGGUGCCCGCUGCUGGGGGCUCAUCUUGGGCACGUUGGGGCGUCAGGGCUCCCCCAGCAUCCUGCAGCACCUGGAGUCCCGUCUCCGUGCCCUGGGCCGGCCCUUCGUGCGGGUGCUGCUCUCCGAGAUCUUCCCCAGCAAGCUGCGCCUCUUCCCUGAGGUGGACGCGUGGGUGCAGGUCGCUUGUCCCCGGCUCUCCAUCGACUGGGGAGAAGCCUUCAGCAAGCCCCUGCUGACACCCUAUGAGGCCGCGGUGGCUCUCCGGGACGUGGAGUGGCAGCAGCCCUACCCCAUGGACUUCUACGCCAGCCAGUCCCUGGGGCCAUGGACGGUGAACCACGCGGGCACACAGCCCCCACGCCACGGCCGGCCGGCCCAGGUGACGCCCCCCGCGCCCCCCACCCCGACGGAGGGUGAGGAGAGACUGAGCACCGGGGGCACGCCGGCCUCCUGAGCGCAGCCUGCACCCCGUCCUGCCGCCACCGCGCUCUGGGACCGGGUGGGGGGCACCCCC